AUGGGUACGGAGAGGAAGAGGAAGGUGAGCUUGUUUGAUGUGGUGGACGAGUCGUCGGUCUCUGCUAAGCUCGCAAAGUCAGCGGCCAACGGUGGAGCAGCUGUUGGUACAGCCACCAUGUUCUCGAACGGGAUCACCCAGAGCGGCAGCAGCUCCGUCAAUCGGUGGAAUGGAAAGCUGUAUUCGCAGAGGUAUUACGACAUACUCGAGAAGAGGAAGACUCUCCCAGUUUGGCAGCAGAAGGAGGAGUUUUUGGAUGUCUUGAAGAAGAACCAGGUUAUCAUCCUUGUUGGUGAGACUGGGAGUGGCAAAACUACCCAGAUUCCGCAAUUCGUUCUGGAAGCUGCUGAGUCGGACACUUCGGAUAAGAGGCGCAAGAUGCUGGUUGCUUGCACUCAGCCUCGUCGAGUGGCUGCAAUGUCUGUAUCACAACGUGUUGCUGAAGAGAUGGAUGUCAUCAUCGGUGAAGAAGUUGGUUAUAGCAUCCGUUUCGAAGACAAGAGCAGUCAUAAGACAGUUUUGAAGUAUUUAACCGAUGGUAUGCUCUUAAGAGAAGCCAUGACGGAUCCCCUGUUGGAAAGGUACAAAGUAAUAAUCCUUGAUGAAGCCCAUGAGAGAACUUUAGCAACAGACGUGCUCUUUGGCCUUCUCAAAGAGGUGUUGAGAAACCGUCAGGAUCUUAAGUUGGUGGUCAUGAGUGCAACUCUCGAAGCUGAAAAGUUUCAGGGUUAUUUUAGUGGGGCACCUCUAAUGAAAGUCCCUGGUAGGCUACACCCUGUGGAGAUAUUCUACACACAGGAGCCGGAAAGAGACUACCUUGAAGCAGCAAUUAGAACGGUUGUCCAGAUACACACAUGUGAAGGGCCUGGAGAUAUACUAGUGUUCUUAACAGGUGAGGAAGAGAUCGAAGAUGCUUGUCGCAAAAUUUCUAAAGAGAUUGGUAAUUUAGGAGACCAGGUGGGUCCUGUGAAAACCGUGCCUUUGUACUCAACUCUUCCUCCAGCCAUGCAGCAGAAGAUAUUCGAGCCUGCUCCACCUCCUUUAAAAGAGGACGGUCCACCCGGGAGGAAAAUCGUGGUUUCUACAAACAUUGCUGAAACUUCUCUUACUAUAGACGGGAUUGUUUAUGUGAUUGAUCCCGGUUUUGCCAAGCAAAAAGUUUACAACCCACGUGUUCGAGUUGAGUCCCUUUUGGUGUCUCCUAUUUCCAAGGCUAGUGCUCAUCAGAGAGCAGGUCGAGCUGGUAGGACGGCGCCGGGCAAAUGCUUCAGGCUUUAUACUGAGAGGAGCUUCAAUCAGGAUCUUCAGCCGCAGACUUAUCCUGAGAUAUUAAGGUCGAACUUAGGGAAUAUUGUUCUGACAUUGAAGAAGCUGGGAAUCGAUGAUCUAGUCCAUUUUGAUUUCAUGGACCCACCUGCACCAGAGACGUUGAUGAGGGCUUUGGAGAUGUUGAACUAUUUGGGAGCGCUGGAUGAUGAGGGUAACCUGACAAAGCUUGGGGAGAUUAUGAGCGAGUUUCCGCUCGAUCCUCAGAUGGGGAAGAUGCUGGUGGUUAGUCCAGAGUUUAAUUGCUCAAAUGAGAUCCUCUCUCUUUGUGCUAUGCUGUCAGGUAUAUCCCUUGAUUUCUCAUUUUGUGUUAUAUAG